CUAACAGUAAUUGUUCCAAUUUUGCCCGAUUAUCUUGCAUCAUUUAAAAAUUCAUCGUCAACUCAAAACAUUCCGCCGAGUGUUUUAUAUAAAAAUUUUGAUCUUCAUUACAUUCCUAAUACGAUGUUAAAUAAGCAUCCUGUUGCUGGAAAUACGAUGAAAAAUGUGUCGAAAGAAACUCAACAGCACUUGGUGCAAGGACAUGAAUUUAAUGUUGAAAUGGAAAAUGAACGAGUUGGUUUAUUGCUUGCAAUAAAAGCAUUUGUUCAAUUAUUCUUUAAUCCAAUUGUUGGCAGUGUAUUGGCUACAAGAUUCGGUUAUAAGAGUACAAUUUUCUUUGGCACAAUCAGUCUGCUGAUGGCAUCAUUAUUUUUCGCAAUGGGAGAUUCCUUCCUAAUUUUAUUGAUUGCGCGUGCAAUUGAAGGAAUUGGAUCAAGCUGUGUUAACGUUUGUGGAAUGAGUUUGAUUGCGCAUCUUUAUCCCGAAGACCAUCAGCGUUCGAAAAUAAUGGGAAUAAUAUUAGGCUCAAUAGCUCUUGGAGUUCUUAUUGGAUAUCCGCUUGGUGGAUUCCUCUAUGAUUUUGUUAGUGAAUCUGCACCAUUUAUCAUCAUUUGUGGUUUCCUAUUCACUGAUCUCGCUUUUCAGCUAACAUUCUUUGAUUUAACGCGAAACGAGAAUGAAAUCAAUGAUGAGGAAAAUCGAGUAAAGCAUGGAUCCUCACAAUGGAUUCAAUUAUUAUCAAACAAAUUGAUUUUCUGCAUUGCGCUUGCGAUAUGGAUGUCAACUUCGGCUAUGGCAAUUUUAGAGCCAUUACUUCCUAUAUGGUUGAUUGCACAUUUGCAUCCUAAAAAGUGGCAACUUGGAACUGUCUUCAUUCCUGACAGUAUGGGCUAUUUUCUUGGUACCAACUUUUUUGGAACUUUAUCAUAUAAAGUUGGUCAAAUAAAAAUGUCAGUUUUGGCAAUAAUGAUCGUUGGAAUCUCAUGCGUAAUAAUUCCGGAAGCUAAAAGUGUUUCAAGCUUAAUAGUCCCGCAUUUCUGCUUGGGUCUUGGCAUUGGAGUUUUAGAUGUAUCUCUGGUGCCAUACUUAGCUCGACUCACGGACGCAAUUUCACAAGAUGAAACCAACGAAAAUUUAGACAUUGAUACAGCAUCAAACUACGGAAGUGUCUAUGCUAUACAACAAACUGCUGUCAGUUUGGCUUACUCAAUCGUUCCGUUUUUGGCAGGAGAAAUGGUUCAAACUAUGGGAUUCCCAACUAUAAUGAGAACAUUAGGUGUAUUCAAUUUCAUCUAUGGACCAAUUUUGUUACUUGUAACAAUAAGACAUAAUUUGACUAAUGUAACCACAAAGCAACCUGAUCUACUGUUGAAAGAAACUAAUCCUUCCAAUUAUAGACGUUUUUAUGACUCAAUAGAAUGAGAACUUCAUUUUUCAACUCC